AUGGCGAGAGAACCCUCGCGGAUAAUAUCUAUUGGCGGAUGUUCAUAUCGUCUUUCACCUGACGUGAAAGGCGCCCUCCUACCAGAUACGCUGGUGCAGAAGCUCUCCCGGUUUGAUGAAGAUUUUAUCCCAACCACCGUAGUAGAAUGGAUGGGAUCUCAGUUCAGCCCCAGAGAUCUUGAAGUGACCUGCCAGAGGUUCAGCAAGACAGACGAUGUGUGGUCGGACCACUUCCUAUCAUUGAUCAUUCUUCAACAACCUGCUGGAGUUCAGGAGAAACCCAAAAGCAAGCGCAUCUUGUCAGUAGACAGGUCGAAAGCUGGGUUGUCGGAAGGGCCUCAUUUCGUCUCGAGAGCAACCGGCCACGUCUUUCGGGCCCUGAAAUUGUUGCCCGACACGCACGAGGCUUUUGUGGGUGCUGUGCGUCGCAAAUCAUGCUCGGGCUCCAUGUUCUGCGAGCUUUCACUCGAAUAUGGCGUACCAGUUCCUUCUCGAUUGCAUUUCGAACAAGACAGAAGGCCUUUGGCUGGGCUGAGGUUUGCUGUCAAGGAUACUAUUGCCGUAAAAGGUACGAGAACUGGAUAUGGCAGUCAAGCCUGGCGGGACAGUCAUCCUGCUGAGAAGACCACCGCUCCUUGCAUUGAACUGCUCCUCGACGCGGGCGCCGUCUUGGUGGGUAAGCUAAAGACAACGGAGUUUGCUGAGGGUCUUGACCCUUGUGAGUGGAUUGACAGCGUCUGCCCGUACAAUCCGCGAGGGGAUGGCCAACAAAAGCCAUCUUCUUCUAGCACUGGUAGUGCCGUGGCUGCUGCCGCAUAUGACUGGCUGGAUUUCACGGUCGGCACAGACACUGGUGGCUCAAUCCGCCAUCCAGCCGGUGUGAACGGAGUCUACGGGCAGAGACCUUCGCAUGGCCUCAUCAGCGUUGAGGGCGUCCUAGGCGCUACCGAUCUGUUCAACACGGUGGGCAUCUUUGCACGACAGGUGGAACUAUUUGCGCGCAUCGGGUCACUCCUUGUCAGCCCCACAGAACCACCAGUCGCUAUUCCAGCGGAACGCAAUUACAACCUGCUCUACCCGACCCGGGCAGCUCAAACUGUGAAUCCCGACCCGCAUCAUGGCGGCCAGCAUCGUUGGUUUCCACAUCCGUCAAUCGACCUGGCUUUCUGGACUGAAGCCGAGAAGCAAAUCGAGUCGAUCGUCAGGAAGCUCGAAGCCAAACUCGAUUGCGAAAGGAUACCCUUCAACCUCAAUGAGCUUUGGAGGGCCACUCCACCGAUAGGCCAACCUCGGUCACUGGAUGAGGCAGCUGGCCACAUCUAUUCAACCAUCACAACCGCGUCCGCAGUACAUGGAGGUCUGGACGAGUUCAUCCAUGACUACUCAACAGCCAACAAUGGACGCCCUCCAAACAUCUCCGAGCUCGUCAGCCGUCGACUCGAGUACGGUCGGAGUGUGUCAGCUGAGACAAUAUCUACUGCCCUGGAAGCCAUGCAAGCCUUCAGAACGUGGACGGACACGACACUUUUUGGAUCCUACGAUCAGAAUGCAACCACUUUGUUGAUAUUUCCUCAAUCUUGUGGACGUCCGGAAUAUCGAGAUCAUGUCCCUGACCGGGUUAGCCUCUUCAACGAUACAUUCAGCAUCUACUCUUUUGGUUACCUGGUAGGAUGUCCCGACUAUACGAUACCGGUGGCCGAAAUUCCUUACUUGUCGAAGGUUACAGGUGAGGUCGAACAUCUCCCGGUAUCCAUUAGUCUGAUCGGGCGACCGGGCUCUGACAAGGAACUCUUCGAUGUGAUGUUACACUUGCGCAAAACUGGUGUGAUCUCAGAUGUUGCAGCAGGGCAGCGGCUGUUUUCUGAUACUGGCAACGGUGACUUCCGUCUGAAAACAUAG